AUGAGGCAGGAGGAGCAGAUUGUAAACCAAUAUUUUAAUUUAAGGAAUAUGAAAAACACAAGUUGCCAGAAAGUCAUCUGUUGUCAUGGGAGUCGAAGAUUAGCAAAUCACUCCCAUAUCUCUUAUCAUAUAUGGGUUUUAGGACAGGUAGAAAUUCAUAGAUCCACUUCAUUCCCAAGAACAGUUCCACUUCAUCCUCUGGACACUCGAGACAAGCUUCUUGGGAGAAGGAAUAAAAAAGGGGGACAUACACCCCAAACCAGGAAAGUAGAUAAGACAUCCCGGGCCUGGCAUGCCCAGACUAGAAGAAAGAGACCAGAGGACAACGAAGGGCUGAAGGCGAAGAUAAAACUAAAGAAGAAGGUGGAAACAGCCAGUAGUGUUUGUGGAGGCAAACUUCUGAAUUCUUCAGGAUCAUUUUCCAGUCCAUUUUAUCCAAGACCCUCCCCUCCCAGAAUCCAGUGUAUUUGGGAAAUUGAAGUUCCAGAGAAUUUUCAAAUAAAACUCAUCUUCAACAAAAUUAGGCUGGAAUUAUCCUCUGGCUGUAAAUAUGAUUAUAUUGACAUCUUUGAUGGCUCUCAAAAUUCAUCUCCUCUUCUUGGGAAAAUCUGCUCUGCUUCAAAUGAGACAUUUCUAUCCUCCUCCAACAAAAUGAGAGUUCAGUUUUUUACUGGUUCAAGGUUUGCCAACUCUGGAUUUGAGGCAUAUUACUAUACAAUUCAUCAGGAAAACAAUGGCACAGCACUCUCAUGUUCAGAAGAUCAAAUGCAGGCAACAAUUAGCAGGAAAUAUCUUCAGUCGUUGGGUUACAACCCUCAAAAUUUGCUUUUGUCCAACUCAUCUUGCGAACCACAUAUCACUUCAAAGUACGUAAUAUUCAACAUUCCAUUCAAUAGCUGUGGAACAGUCAUACAGGAAACAAACACCACAAUCACUUAUUCCAAUGUGAUCACCACAUCACCUUCAAGCAGUAUCAUCACCAGGAAAAGAAGCUUCCGGUUACAUGUCUCCUGCAGAAUGAGCCAGAAUACAGUGGUGCAAAUCAUGGACUUGGUUGACAAUGCCCUUGAGAUCAGCAGAACUCAGGACGGCCACUACGGGAUGAGCAUCUCUUUUUACAACUCUGCAUUGUUCCAACACCCGGUGACUGCCUCCCCAUACUACGUUGACCUAAACCAGGACUUGUUCCUUCAAAUAGCACUCCUCAAGUCUAAUCCAGAUCUGAUGCUGCUUAUGGAUACAUGUAUGGCAUCUCCUUACGCCAACGAUUUUAAAACUCUGACCUAUAAUUUAACUCAAAAUGGGUGUGUAAGAGAUGACACGUUCAGGAUUUACUCCUCCCCGAGCCCUGACAUCAUCAGGUUUAAAUUUAAUGCAUUCAAGUUUCUUAAUCAGCACAGUGAAGUUUACCUGCAGUGUAAGAUAGUUGUGUGCAGAACAAAUCAGCGUUCUUCUAGAUGCUUCCAAGGCUGCACACCAAGAUCCAAGCGAGAAUCCAAGCAAGAGGCACAGCCUGGCCAGGAAAAGGUGUCCCUAGUGGUGGGCCCUAUCAAGCUCCAAGGGAAAACCAUUAAGGAGAAGAGAUCUGGCUUGGCGAAAGAUGUUGUUCCAGAACCUGGUGGCCGAGGCAGCUGGCUGGAGGCCUUAGCUAUGCUUUUGGGAGCCAUGACUGUGGGCUUGGCUGCUUCCCUUUUGAAAAGCAAAUCGUGAAGGGUGACUCAUGUCUUGGACAUCCAAAAAGAGGAAACCAGAGCACAUCAUAUCCAGACACUUGUACUGUAUUUGUCGGCUGGUCUACUGAGCCUCUUUAAUGUGUCCAAAAUAGAAGACGGGUGAAUAACAGCAACAUAAAUUUAGUUUGGGGCAAUAAAA